GAAGGAAGGCGGAUCCACGUGGUUUAAUCGGAGACAGACAGAGAUCCCAUUGUUCGCAAUCAAUAUAUAAAAAAAGAGGCAGCCGGGGCUUUUGGAGGGGGGGGCAAGAAUUAGAUGCGGGGAGAUUCGGAACCUGCAUUCAGACGUACAUCUUGCAAGAGGAGGAUUCCAACCAACGGGACGAUCCGGGGAGAUCGAAGGCGGGCGACCAGGAUGCCCAGGCGGAAAGCGACGGCGGCUUCUUCGGCCACCUGGGACGGUGCCGGCAACGGGACUGGAGGCACGCGCAAGCGGUCUGCCCUGACUCGUGGGGCACCCCCUCCGGGGAAGAAAAAGGCCCGGGACGGAGGGGGCAGCGGCAGCAGCAACGGGGGUGGCGGCAGCAGUGGGGACGAACAGGAUGGGCUGGCGCUGCCACCUCCCCCUGUGGCGGCAGGAGGGGGCAAGAAGCCAGGCCGGGCAGGAGGAGGACGGGGCGGCGGGGAGCAGCCCCCCCAAAACCAGGAGGCUCCGCAGGCCGCCGUGGUGGUCAGCGAGCCGGAACACAGCAAGGAACGCAUUAAGCUUGAAGGAUCCAAGUUCAAAGGGCAGCUUCUGAUAUUUGGAGCCACCAACUGGGACUUGAUUGGCCGUAAGGAAGUGCCUAAGCAGCAAGCCGCCUACAGGAACCUGGGUCAGAACUUAUGGGGGCCCCACAGGUACGGCUCCCUCUCGGGGGUCCAAGUCCGGACGGUGGUUUCAGGGCCUUGCGCCGCUCACAGCCUGCUCAUCACCACCGAGGGAAAACUUUGGAGCUGGGGACGUAACGACAAAGGGCAGCUGGGCCACGGGGACACCAAGCGUGUGGACGCCCCAAAGGCCAUCGAAGUGCUCUCCAGCGAAACCGUCGUCUCGGCAGCCUGCGGCCGCAACCACACACUAGCCCUGACAGAGAGCGGUUCUGUAUUUGCCUUUGGAGAGAACAAGAUGGGUCAGUUGGGCCUGGGCAAUCAGACUGACGCCGUUCCCAGCCCCACGCAGAUCAUGUACAACGGGCAGCCAAUUACAAAGGUGGCGUGUGGGGCCGAGUUCAGCAUGGCAAUGGACUGCAAAGGGAACUUGUAUUCUUUUGGAUGCCCCGAAUAUGGACAGCUGGGGCACAAUUCCGACGGAAAGUUCAUCGCCCGAGCCCAGAGGAUAGAGUACGACUGCGAGCUGGUUCCCCGCCGUGUCGCCAUCUUCAUCGAGAAGACGAAAGAUGGCCAGAUCCUGCCGGUGCCAAACGUUGUGGUGAGGGACGUUGCUUGCGGGGCAAAUCAUACGCUCGUCUUGGACUCUCAGAAACGCGUCUUCUCCUGGGGUUUUGGGGGCUACGGCCGCCUGGGCCACGCCGAGCAGAGGGACGAGAUGGUGCCCCGACUGGUGAAGCUUUUCGACUUCCCUGGCCGUGGGGCGGCACAGAUCUACGCAGGCUACACCUGCUCCUUCGCCAUUAGCGAAACAGGAGGCUUGUUUUUCUGGGGAGCCACGAACACCUCCCGGGAGUCCACAAUGUACCCCAAAACUGUGCAGGAUCUAUGCGGCUGGAAAAUCCGCAGUCUGGCUUGUGGGAAGAGCAGUAUAAUAGUGGCUGCAGAUGAGAGCACAAUCAGUUGGGGCCCGUCUCCGACCUUUGGAGAACUGGUAAGGAGGGCAGACGUAGCUGCUGCGAUAGGCCCACAUCUGGGGGAGGGAAGAAGGAAGAAGGAAGGCUUUUCCAUUGCCGCUUGGUUUGGCCAGGGCUACGGGGACCACAAGCCCAAGUCCUCAACUGCAGCUCAGGAGGUGAAGACUUUGGAUGGCAUCUACACAGAACAGGUGGCGAUGGGCUACGCCCACUCCCUCGCGAUUGCCCGCGACGAGAGCGAGGCUGAGAAUGAGAAGCUGAAGAAGCUGCCAGAGUACAACCCGCGCACGCUCUGACCCACGCGGGGGCCUCUUCCUCCUCCUCCCCGCCGUCCCACACCCCCCGACAAGGCAGUUGCUGCUCCCGUCGUGUGCAAUGGGGACAUGGGAUCCGUACGCGAUGGGGAGAUUCCAGGCACCGGCACUCGUCUCCUUAGACUACCCAAGAUUUCGUAUUUGAUAAGCAAUUUGAAGCUUCCAGCUACCAGUUAACAUUGACUUCCCCGCCCACCCUGCCCUUUUCCCCAAGACAGGUUGCUUUGUAUUUUGGUUUCUUUGGUGGGGGGGGGGCAUGGAGGUGGGACAUUACGUCAAGAGAGAUCUGCUUCUUCUUUUGAAUUUCGAUGAAAAUGGCAGGACUGUUUGUCCAAAUUCGCCCAUUUUUUUCUGUUUUCCUUUCCCAUAGCCGAUACUUUAAGCGGCAGACCAGUAACCAGCAUUUUGAGAAGGCUAACCCUUCUUUUCCCCCCACCCUCCCCUGCAGCUGGAAACGAUUUCCUCCUUUGUGGAAGGGGCCAUCUUUCUUGUAUAUAUAUAUAUAUUUUGUUCCCAAGAAACCUCGAGGUCUCUGCAAGAAGGCUGUCCUUAAAGUAUCUCAGAUUUUUUUAAAAAAAGCGUGCCUGCUGCACUACAGACUUCCACAAGCUCGAGGCUUCUGCAAAAGGUUUUUUUUUUCUUAAUUACGUAGAUUUUUCUGUUGAUGAGGUGCCUCCCGUACUGCAGAUUUUCAUAAGCUCCCCGCCUGCUAAAAUGGGAGUGGGGAACCCUUUGAUGGCGUUGUGGAACUGCAACUCCCAUCAGCCCAAGACAGCAUGGCCAGUGGCCAGAAGCGAUGGGAAUUGUAGUCAAGAAUUCCAAAAGGCACCUCAGCCGACUGCUUCUGUCUUGGGAGUGUUGUAAAUACCAGGCCAGUCCACCACACGGGGGCGCUGUCACAUUCGGCAGCCUCCUAGCGAAUGGUUGAAUUUAUUUGCAGAGCCCCAGUCAUAAGAGGGGGGAGAGAAGCA